AUGCUUGAAUGUGUCGAUAUGCAAUAUGGAAAUAACACACCUGUACAACCGGGCCAAACACUCAACGUUGACACGUCUGUCUCGCGCUCAUCUAUUAAAGGGAGUAAUUCUCCGCUGAGUACAGAGACUAAUAUGAGGCAGGAUGUGACUUCAAACGGUAGUUAUAACCCAUUUACUUCAGGGCACGGGCAACCGUAUAUUCUAAAGCGUGCGGCAACCACGCCCCUUUGCGUUCCAUCAUUCAAACCUAACGAAACCAAGUUCCCCAACCCGCAUAACUCAACUUUGAUCUCGUCCAUAGAAUUAGGAAAGAUUUUGUCUCACUCAGAUUCAGCCAAGAAUCUGUUGAUUUUUGACACAAGACCCUUCACUGAAAGAUCCAAGGAAUAUAUCGCAGGCUCGUUGCAUAUAUGUUUACCUUCCACUUUACUUCGGAGGAAAAACUUCACGCUGGACAAAUUGAUCGAAAGUCUUCCGUUAAAUGAACAAAAGAUAAUUAACGGUAAAUUGGAAAGCCCGAAUCUACAGAUAAUACUAUACGAUGGUACCACCAACCAGACUGAUUCGUCGAUAUCGUUGGCCAUCUAUGGCAUUGCUCAGAAGUUUCUAGACCAUAAAGCGUUCGAGGCAAGAAUACACAGUGCUCCAAGUGAGAACAUAAUAUUAAUACUAGCAUCCGGGUAUCACCAGUUCAGUACUUUAUUCCCUGAACUUGUCGUCAAAUACGCCGACCAAUACUCACCUCAGGAGAAGACCGCACCAAACUCUGCAGGCUUAUCCAUACCUAGAAUGAGUACACCCGUGCGAGCCCUUGGAGAUUAUAGCACACUAACACCACCAACAGUCACACCAGCAAUGGACCAGAAUAGCUUGUCCAAUAGCUCGGGCCACAGCAACUGUAGCACCACUGCCCCAGAUGCUGCAUCGUCUGUUUCAUCAUCACCAAUAUCUGCAUUAUUUAAAUUCCAGCUACCAACUUCACACACAUCACCAUCCCCACUAUUCAAGUUUGCCCAAACUGAGGAAAUAAUGGACUUAGAAUCGUAUCUCAGCGUUGUCAACAUAAACGAGGAGAGCAAAAGAAUAAAUGCAUACACCGGUAAUCCAGAAAAUAAUUUUUUACUUCAGGAAUCAUCUCCUCCGUCGAUAAACAAUUUCCAAUUCCCGAAAAGGAACAGUUUGCCAACCUCUAACAACCAAGAUAAAUUGAACGUUCAACUCAAAUUUUAUGAGUUGGUGCAAGUGUACCCUGAAAACGAGGUAAACAUGCAUAUUCCUCACUGGUUUCGAAACCUGAUGCAAAGAGCGAAAAUCCAGUUUAUUGCCCAGUAUCAGAAACUAGAUAUUCUAGAAAAGAAAAGAUUGAACAGUUCAAUAUCAAGUUAUAACAGCGAUUUUGGCUCCACCGCGGGACACAAGAAAACGAUGUCUGAAAUGGGGCCAUCCCCAUUCAUGGUAGAUGGUGGGUCCGGUAAGACCGAAACCGGAGCAACCAAAUUCUCCGAGAAACGAGCUAACUCCCAGCCCGAUAUUAAUUUGAAGGAUUCAAAGAGAUACUGGCUACGAAAUCUGGAAGAGGAAGAUAAUGAUGAGGAGAUAAGUAAUAGCAAAUUGUUUAUCUCUUCUGGAGUGGAAUUGGGCAACAAGAAUAGAUACAAAGACAUUUUUCCGUAUGAACACAGCAGGGUUCGCUUAAGGAAAACACUGCAGGAUGACGAGACGGAUAUUACCGUCAAGACAAACCCUCUAGAGAGCACAGUUGAUAUAUCGGACAACUACAUUAAUGCAAACUACCUCGGUUUACCUGAUUUAGAAUUGACAGAACAAUCCCAGGGUGCCUCGCAUAUUGGUGAUAAUUUUGUAAGAGUCCGUUAUGUUGCCACUCAGGCGCCUAUGAUGUCUACGGUGCACGAUUUCUACACUUGUAUUUUGAACGACGACAUACCGGUGAUUAUCUCGUUAACCAACAGUGUUGAAAAUGGUAUUGAGAAAUGUUUUAAAUACUGGCAGGAAAAGAACUACGAUGGAAUACAAGUAAAACUCAAGGGUGAGUCUCAAAUUUCAGCCAAUAUCAUAAUAAGAAUAAUCGAGCUAACGCAAAUCGAUACAGGCAGUACUUACGAAACUCUGCAAAUGCAGUUGAUCAAUUGGCCCGAUUUGGGCAUAGCGGAGAACCCGGUUGACAUUGUACAGCUGAUAAUCCUGAAAAACAUCAUCAUGGGGAGGAUCACGGAUAAACUGGAUACCACGCCUAUAAAAUCCACCCCCACUGUUCUUGUGCAUUGCUCUGCUGGUUGUGGUAGGACAGGUACCUGGUGUACCGUCGAUUCCAUUCUUUCCAAUUUACCUACAUUCAAUAUUCUACAAAAUCACUACCCCGCGACAGGGUCUUCCACAUAUGAUCCGAUCUCAUGGACAAUCAAUAUUUUCAGAAAACAACGGAUCUCCAUGGUACAAAAUAUCAACCAGUUUUUGUUCAUUUACGAUUGUCUGCUGUACUAUUUCAAGCUAAAUAUGAACGACAACCUGAAGGAUCAGAAUGUUGCAUUCCCAAUGAAGCAGGGCGAGUCGUUGACCCACCUGCAGGAGAAAAUUAGCCAUAUACCCAUUGUGGAAAAGUUCCUUAGUAAAAAAAAUGGAGGAACUGGAACAACUUGUUACAAAGUUGACUUAAUCUAUCAUCAGCACAUUUGCCAUGCAAAUAACUAA